AACGUAACUUUUUUUGUUGUAAUGUAGGAGCAGCAGCGGCAGUCGACUAACUGGGAAUCGCGCAGCGCCGUCACAAAAACAAGAAAACCGCCCGUGUAAAAAGACCUAAACUCCGAGCGACUUCGGAACGACAACAACCCCAAAAAAAACCUAGAGUUUUCCAGCGUCGGUAGCAGGGAAACAAACAAAAUAGAAACAAAAAGAACCAAAAAAAAAAACGCGUAUGCUUAGCGUCCUGCUGACCAUAAAUCGAAAUUAACCGUCUUUAGCGCGUAAAACAUUCAAAAAACACUCUUAUAUAAUUUGUAUAUAUAUUUUCUACGACUCGUAAACCAGAUUUUUGGAGUUUAAACUUGAUUUAAAAUUUUCGUUCUUUUUUUUUUUAAUCAUUGGAGUGUUUUAUUUCCAAGUUUUGUUUGGUUAAAUUUGUGUUGAAUUUUUGCAAAUCGAAGGCGUUACAAAAAAGAAGAAACCACAGGCGAGGACACGUGGCUAGUUCCGACAGCCGAUAAGAUGUUUAGUCCCGAAUAUGAGAAGCGCAUCCUGAAGCACUGCAGUCCCGUGGCCCGAAAUCUGUUCGACAAUCUCGAGUCGUCUACCACGCCCACAUCACUCGAUCGAUUCAUACCCUGCAGAGCGAACAACAACUGGCAGACGAACUUCGCGUCGAUCAACAAGUCCAAUGACAACUCGCCACAGACGAGCAAGAAGCAGCGGGACUGCGGGGAAACGGCACGCGAUAGUCUGGCCUACUCCUGCCUCCUGAAGAACGAGCUCCUGGGCUCGGCGAUCGACGACGUGAAGACCGCCGGCGAGGAGCGGAAUGAGAAUGCCUACACGCCGGCCGCGAAGCGGAGUCUCUUCAAGUACCAGUCACCCACCAAGCAGGACUACAAUGGCGAGUGCCCGUACUCAUUGUCUCCCGUCAGCGCCAAAAGCCAGAAGCUGUUGCGAUCGCCGCGCAAGGCCACGCGCAAGAUCUCGCGCAUACCCUUCAAAGUGCUGGAUGCGCCCGAGCUGCAGGACGAUUUCUAUCUGAAUCUGGUCGACUGGUCGUCGCAGAAUGUCCUGGCAGUGGGCCUGGGCAGCUGUGUGUAUUUGUGGAGCGCUUGCACCAGUCAGGUAACCCGCCUGUGUGAUCUCAGUCCGGAUGCGAAUACGGUGACCUCGGUGUCGUGGAACGAGCGUGGCAACACCGUCGCCGUGGGCACUCAUCACGGCUACGUGACCGUCUGGGAUGUGGCGGCCAACAAGCAGAUCAACAAGCUCAAUGGCCAUUCGGCCCGCGUGGGUGCUUUGGCCUGGAACAGUGACAUUCUAUCGAGUGGUUCGCGCGAUCGUUGGAUCAUCCAGCGGGAUACGAGAACGCCGCAGCUGCAGUCGGAGCGACGACUGGCCGGCCAUCGACAGGAGGUGUGUGGCCUUAAAUGGUCGCCGGACAAUCAGUACUUGGCCAGCGGCGGCAAUGACAAUCGGCUGUAUGUGUGGAAUCAGCAUUCCGUGAAUCCUGUGCAAUCCUACACAGAGCAUAUGGCGGCGGUGAAGGCGAUCGCCUGGUCGCCGCAUCAUCAUGGACUGCUGGCCAGCGGCGGUGGAACGGCGGAUCGGUGCAUUCGAUUCUGGAACACGCUGACGGGCCAGCCCAUGCAGUGCGUGGACACGGGCUCGCAAGUGUGCAAUCUGGCCUGGUCCAAGCACUCCUCGGAGCUGGUCUCCACGCACGGCUAUUCGCAGAACCAGAUACUGGUCUGGAAGUAUCCAUCGCUGACGCAGGUGGCCAAGCUGACGGGUCACUCGUAUCGGGUGCUUUACUUGGCGCUGAGUCCCGAUGGCGAGGCCAUUGUCACGGGCGCCGGCGAUGAGACGCUGCGAUUCUGGAACGUAUUCAGCAAGGCACGCAGCCAAAAGGAGAACAAAUCUGUGCUGAAUCUGUUUGCCAACAUCAGAUAGGGACAAUAAUCGAAGGACCGAAGACUGAGCGAGGCGCCAAAGGCAACAAACACAAAACAAAAGUGAAAUAACAAAUGAAAACUAAAAAAAACCAAUCAGCAGAAACCAACUAAUCAACAAGCCUAUAUGCUAUAUACAUAUAUACAAACGAUUCUUGUUCAUCAGUCGUUAGUAAAUUUUAGUUACCACAGCAGCAAUAGUUUAAAUAAAUCUAAGUUAGGUCCUUUGUAUAGAACGGUUAUUAGCAACAUUUAUGUAGGAAAACAACUGCAAUUUAUGAAGAAACAGAAGAAAAAUCAAUUAAUGGCUGAAACAA